CGACGUUUAAGUCGUCUCCUCAUAAUAGCAGAGUUGCUCCAGUUUCUAGGGUUUUAGGUUCUUCAAACUCUCGCAUUCGUACUUACACUGCUUCGCGCGGUCAUGGACAGCCCUUCUCCAGCUUCAUGCUGGAGCAAUGUCGUCAAAUCCCAACCAGCUCCGAAGCCUCAGCACCAGACUCCGACUUCAACCGUCAAAGUAUUCGCCGACAGCUGCAAGUCCAGUAAAGGGAUAGCGGUCGCCGUUGUUGAUGCCAACGCCAUUAUCCAGGGGGGAGAGAGGCUCUCCACCUGCGCGGAUAAAUUUGUUUCCGUUCCCGAGGUUUUGGAUGAGGUCCGCGACCCCGUGUCUCGCCACAGGCUCGCCUUCGUCCCCUUCACGCUCGAAUCCAUGGAUCCCUCCCCUGAAGCACUCAAUAGAGUAAUCAAGUUUGCAAGGGCAACUGGUGACUUACAGACACUUUCAGAUGUUGAUAUUAAACUUAUUGCCCUCACUUACACUCUAGAGGCUCAGAUCCAUGGGACGAAACAUCUUCGUGAGUGUCCUCCCCCUGUCCACAUGGUUAAUACAAAGAGAUUACCUGAGAAAGACAUGCCUGGGUGGGGCUCUAAUGUUCCGAAUCUGGAAGAGUGGGAAGCGUUAGAGCAAGGUGCUGAUGAUCCAUCCUACUCCACGUCAAGGAUCCUUCCUUUGCAGGAUUUGAACUUGAACAUUAUCCCUUCAGAUGGCCAAUCUGAAGAUCUUUCAUCACAGCAUAAGGAUGAGAAUAACUUUGAGCAUCAAGAUGAAACUGAGACUGGUUCAAGAUUGAGGAGAUAUCCUCCGAAGAAAAAGGAAAUUAAUAUUGAAGGGAAGAUGGUAGCAGAUGGUAUUGAUGCAUCUCAGGGACAAUGUGAUAAUGAUGCGGGUGACUGGAUGCCUGCUGUCAGUCGAAGUACUCAGAGAAGAUAUCUUAGGAGGAAAGCUAAACGUGAAUAUUAUGAGUCCUUAGCUGAAAAGGAUAGUCAGCAAGACGUUGAAAGCAUAGGUGGUGACAUCCAAGUGGAAACUAAUAGAUUAGAUCAAUCACAGGAUCAAAUCUCCAAACUAUCAAAUACUGGAAAUGGUAAUGAUAGUCAGAUGGUAGAAGGGACAGACAACAAUAAAGACCUUUCAGAAAUCAUGAAGCAGAUGAGGCUGGAAGAAGAUUCGUUAAAUGCUCUUCAUGUGGAAGGGCUUGACUCUUCCCCAAAAGAAGAGUCUGACAAAAGCGAGGUGGAGGAUGUUGAGAGUAUGAACGAUACAGCAAAGGAUGAGAUGGAACACUUAGAAGACUCAAGUAAGACUAAUGAAAGCGUAGAUACAUCAAAUGUAGAUGAUGUUAGUAGUGAUCAGAGUUGGAUGCUGAGAUCCUUGUCUGAAUCAAGCGUAGCCUGCAUAACUGGUGACUUUGCAAUGCAGAAUGUUCUUCUGCAGAUGGGUUUACGUUUGUUGGCUCCAGGAGGAAUGCAGAUCCGCCAACUUCAUAGGUGGAUUUUGAAAUGUCACGCUUGCUACAAUGUCACAGCUGAAAUUGGAAGGAUCUUCUGUCCAAAGUGUGGAAAUGGUGGAACUUUGCGCAAGGUAGCUGUUACGGUUGGCGAGAAUGGAGUUGUUUUAGCUUCCCAUAAGCCGAGGAUUAGGCUGCGUGGCACGAAAUUUUCACUUCCUCUACCGCAAGGUGGAAGGGACGCCAUUACCAAAAAUCUUGUUUUACGUGAAGAUCAACUCCCGCAGAAGUUUCUUCACCCCAAGACCAAGAAGAAAGUGAAUAAACAGGGAGAUGAAUUCUUCGCCGUGGAUGAUUUCUUCAGCAACCAUAAUACUGAUAAGAGAGCUCCUUUGCAGCCUCCCGUGAGGCAGGCUUUGGCAGUCUUUAGUGGCAAGAGAAAUCCGAAUGAUAACCAUUACUCUCGAUCUAAACACAAGUAGACUAUACUUCAUGGAUUUUGAUUUUCAGUGCUGUUUUAAUAGAUUUGAUAAUUUUGAUGAAUCCUCAUACAUCUUAUGUGAUUGAGUUAAUGCAUGGAAGCUAUAAAGCUCAGCUUAUAUGGGUGCAAUUUUGUCCUGAAUUAUCUUCAAAGUAGUAUUUGUUGGAUCUGCUUAUAUUUAUUUGCGACACUUUUAGAGUGCUUGAUUUAGAGAUGUAAUCUGAACAGCAUUUCCAGUAAAUACUUGGUUUCAUAUUUA